UUCCCUCCCAGCCAGAUUUUGGUCUGGGAAUUUCAAUUUGAGAUUUUGGAGGUUGAUUGGAUCACAUUUUUAACGAGACUACGUAGUUUUCUAGCUAAAGGGAGGACCUGAUUCUAACUAUCUUUCCAGCAUCAGCGUGACCGGUGACCAUGACGACAGAAGCGGCUUCCGAGACUGAGGUGAAGAAGGAGCCGGAGAAGUCGGAGGAGCAGCCAGCAGCGGCCGAGCCGGACGCCGCGGCCCAGACAGCGGAGCCUGCGGCAGGGGACGGCAAGAAGGAGCCGGAGCAGCCUAAACCCGCCGGCAACAACCCCGCGGGAGAUAACCCCGGCAGCGACCAGCCCGCCCCAGACGGAGCAGCUCCCCCCGCCCCCGGCGAAGCCCCGCAAAACCCCGAGGCGCCCCCGCCGACCUCAGAGAAGAAGAAAGAGAAAGAGCAGCCUGCCGGCAAGGGCAUCUCCAGGUUCCUCCCUCCAUGGCUUAAGAGGCAGAAGUCCCAGAGCCAGGAGCCCCCGAAAGAAGCGCCCAAGGAGGGGAGCGAGCCCCCAGCCAAGGACGGGGAGCCCGAGCAGGGGCCCGAGGGCAAGGAGCCCACGCCCGAGCCUCAGCCCGAGGCCAAAGAGCCCCCGCCAGAACAGGAGGAGAAGCACUCCAUCGGAAGUGCAGACACUCAGCCCGUGAAGGAGGAGAAAGCUGAGGACGAGGAGGUGAAAGAGACAGAAGAGAAGAAGGCAGAGGAGGUGAAGAAAGAGGAGGAGCAGACGGCGAAGCCAGAAGGAAAACCCGCAAAGUCUCCGCUGAAGCUGACCAAGAAGAUGAAGAUGGUGGUGUGUCAGGUGGCCAUGCUGGAUGGAACCCAGUUCAGCUGCGAGGUGGAGAAACGGGCGAAAGGCCAGUACCUGUUUUUCAAGGUGUGCGAACAUCUCAAUCUGCUGGAGAAGGACUACUUCGGCCUGAGUUUCAAAGACAACGCCGAUCAGAAGUGCUGGCUGGAUCCCACCAAGGAGAUCAAGCGUCAGAUUCGCAGUUCUCCCUGGCAGUUUGCGUUCAAUGUAAAAUUCUACCCUCCUGAUCCCUCCCAGCUGACUGAAGAUAUAACCAGAUACCUCCUGUGCCUUCAGCUCCGUCAGGACAUCGCCUCGGGGCGGCUGCCCUGCUCGUUCGUCACCCACGCGCUGCUGGGAUCCUUCUCCCUGCAGGCGGAGCUGGGCGACCACGACCCCGACGAGCAUCGCCUCGACUACAUCAGCGACUUCCAGUUCGCCCCCUCGCAGACCAAGGAGCUGGAGGAGAAGGUGGUGGAGCUGCACAAAACUCACAGGGGGCUGACUCCAGCUCAGGCAGACGCCCAGUUCUUAGAAAACGCCAAGAAGCUGUCCAUGUAUGGGGUGGACCUCCACCAUGCCAAGGACUCGGAGGGAGUGGACAUUAUGCUGGGAGUGUGUGCCAAUGGCCUCCUGAUCUACAAAGACAGACUGCGAAUAAACCGCUUCGCCUGGCCCAAAAUCCUCAAGAUCUCCUACAAACGCAGCAACUUCUACAUCAAAAUCAGGCCGGGAGAGACGGAGCAGUUCGAGAGCACCGUUGGCUUCAAGCUGCCCAACCACCGCGCCGCCAAGAAAGUGUGGAAGGUCUGCGUGGAGCACCACACCUUCUUCAGGUUGGUGACCCCGGAGCAGCCGCAGAAAGCCAAGUUCCUCACUUUGGGCUCCAAGUUCCGCUACAGCGGGCGGACCCAGGCCCAGACGCGCCAGGCCAGCUCCCUCAUCGACCGGCCCGCCCCCUACUUCGAGCGUACCUCUAGCAAGCGCGUCUCCCGCAGCCUGGAUGGAGCCCCGGUGGUCAGUGUGACUGACUCCGCCCUGAAGCCAGAUGCCUCCGCCCCGGCCCUGAGCAGCCCAGUGGCGGAGGAGAACGGCCGCGAGCCGGGCCUGGAGCUCCCCUCCGACUCGAAGAGCAAGCUGAGAGUAAAGGGGGAAAAUAUAUAUGUCAGACAUAGCAAUCUAAUGUUGGAGGACCUGGAUAAAACUCAGGAGGAUGUGUUGAAACAUCAGGCUAGCAUUAGCGAGUUAAAGCGCAGUUUUAUGGAGUCCACCCCCGACCCGCGCCCCAGUCAGUGGGAAAAGCGCCUUACCGCGAGUCCUGCCACCUCCCUGCGCCUGCAGGCCCAAGGGAGCUUAGAAGAGGAGAUAACCUCCAUUUUACUCAGUAAAGCGAGCUUUUCCUCUGGUCUGGCUGGCCCCUUCGCUACCAGCACACAAGCAGCAGAGGGCGCUGUUGCAGUAGUCUCGGCCCCACGCUCUGCCGAGGUGCUCCACAGUGAAACGAACAAAACGCCACCCAGAACAGAGGCCGCUCUCCCCGACGGCAAAGCGGAGGACAAGAGUGCCGAUGUCAAACAGAAACCAGAGCCGGGCGAGCUGGCAGAGGUUGAGAUAGAAGAGACUGUAGUCAUCGAGGAGAUCAGGAAAGCCCCCAAGGCCAAGCCUGCGACUCCUGAGAUCGCGGCGGUCCCCGAGGUCGCCGUCAUCAGCGCGGCCGCCGAGAAGGAGAAGAAGGAGGAGAAGAGGAGGAGCCGGGAGGCCAGCACCUCCUCGGAGAGCCACAGCGAGAGCGAGGAGGAGGCGGAGUACCACCCCCAGGUGGCCAGCGUCUCCGUGGAGCAGAUCAAGGAAGAGCCGGAGGAGGAGGAGAAGGAGGAGGAGGAAGAGCUGAGCAAGGAGACCCCGCCCCCGGCGGUUUCACCCGCGGCUGAAGCUCCGCCUGACGUGACCGUCGUGGGUAAAGGGGCGGCGGUGGUCGUGAAGGAGGAGGUGGAGGAGGAAGAGUCGGCUGAGAACACGGCGGUUCCUGCGGACGAAGGUCAGAACGGGCACCCCGAGGCACCGCCGGAGGAGGAAGAGGAGGAGCCCAGAGUAAACGGGGACGCGUCUCACGAGGCCGAGCGCAUCCCGCAGGUUAUUUGCUGCUCUGAGCCCCCCGUGGUAAAGACAGAAAUGGUGACCAUCUCAGACACUUUCGCCGCUCAGAAAACAGAGAUCUCUACAAAGGAGGUUCCCAUUGUUCACACAGAGACAAAAACCAUCACAUAUGAGGCUGCUCAGCUGGAUGGCAGCGGGGACGGUGAGCCUGGCGUUCUAAUGACAGCCCAGACCAUCACCUCCGAGUCACUGUGUACCACCACCACCACACACAUCACCAAGACGUUAAAAGGUGGGCUUUCAGAGACCCGGAUUGAGAAGCGCAUCGUCAUCACGGGAGAUUCUGAUAUCGACCACGAUCAGGCUUUGGCCCAGGCUAUAAAGGAAGCCAAAGAGCAGCACCCGGACAUGUCCGUCACAAGGGUGGUGGUCCACAAAGAGACAGAGCUGGCCGAAGAGGGCGAGGACUGAAGGACUGAGCCACAGAACUGAGGACCCCAGGAAGUGUAUACUGUGUUCUGUGAGAAAAUUCCAGGCAUCACCUCCGCUUCUUCCAGAGGACUUAAGAAGAUCGUUACAGUGCUUUGCACAUUUUUUUUUUUUUAAUCAGAAGAAAACCACUUAGCAUACAUCCUUGGCUUGUUUUAUUUUUUUAGUGCUUUUUGCAAAGUUUGUCUACCAUUAUUAAACCAGAUAGGAUUAUAAUUAAGUGUUCAUUUUUAUUGUAAAGUAGCAUUCACAUUCCUAGUGUGUACAGAAGGGUUGUGUGUUUUUUUGAGAUACGACAAAAAAAAAACCUAUAUUUAAGAUCCUUCUUCCUGAGUUCAUGUGGUUGGACACAUACAGUGGCAGACAGGGCAGUUGUAGCUUUGGAACUGGUCUGUAUGCAAUACCACAUUGUCUUUGCAUAAAUGUUUAUCAACAAAAAAAAAGGAAGAUCAUCAUAUUCAUUUCAUUGGGUGCGUUUCCAAGGGACCAGCAAAGACGGAGCACUGUGUCAUUUCAGUUGCACUACAGUGCCAACACAAGUUUCUAUGCAUCUAUGCAGUCAAAGAAAACAUUCCACCACUGGGAGGUGCUUCUUCAUCUACCUCCCUCUGAAAAAAAAAAAAACAAAAAUCUACAAAAACAAUUAAAAAAAAAAAAAUCUUUUGAAACUCUAGGCAGCUUGAAAAACUUUUGCUUUUCGUAACUUUCUGGCAUCAUUAAUCAGAUUUAUAUUUGUAGAGUUUUUUGGCUACCUUUUAAACUUUUUUUGUCUUAAUCUGUAAACUGGUUUAGAUGUUAAUGAGGCGGGUUUGUUUGCCCUUUAAAUAUUUUUAAUAUAUUUCUUUCAGAACUUUUUUGACGACUAAAAAGAAACUCAAAGGAAACGAUGGCGACCCUUUUUAAUCACACACCCCCCCCCCCCCACCCACUCCCACCCCCUGUAGGUAAUGGAGGCAGCUUCCCUUCGCUUAGCGCGCUCAGACCAAUCUGACCAACGUUGCCCAAGCCCCGGGAGGCCCGUCAGCGUGCUCUUGGACCCUGUGUAUAGCAGAUAAUUGUAGGUUUUUAGCAGCUUGAAAAGAUGUGUUGUGUUUUACCCCCUCUACACCUCUCAAUGUAACACAGUUGAAAUAAAAGUUUGUUUAUUCUCUAA